AUGGCGAACAUCACCCAGUACUUGAGCAAUCCUCAAUUCCUGACCAACAUCCAAAAUGUCGACGCAGGAGGCUGUCCGGCACCGUUCAUCAGCGAGUCGUUAUACCCCUUCCGCGAAGGCUUCUACGGCGGCCGCAACUGCGCUCCGAACCCUCUCGUAACCACCCCCGGCCCAGCUCGCUGCUGCAUCCCCUGCCCAGUCUUCCACUGGGCCUACCUUCCCGACUUCGAUGGUCUCGUAGACGGCGCCGCAUGGGUCAAUGUCGCCGGCUUCAUCCUCUGCUUCAUUCUCCUGCUGUCCAUGGCUGUCCUUCCAGAGAGAUACAUUCGACGCUCAUACCUCACGAUGGCCAUGCUGGUCAGCAUCAUGAUACUCGAGCUGGGCUUCAUCGUGCCCCUAGCUAGGAAGCCGCCGCAGUGCUACGACCCUGUCACGCCGAACGGAAUGCACAGUAAUGGGACUUGUGCGUUUGGCGGUGCGGCGAUUGCGUUUGGACUCAUGGGGUAUACGGGCUGGGUUCUGGUCAGGAGUUUGUUCAUGCACCUGCAAAUCGUCUGGAAUAUCACACCCGCGGACAUCUCCUACUGGGCCGCCAACGUGGUCGUCUGGUCAAUAACGAUCGCCCUCACCGCCGCAGUCCUCGCACACGUCGGCGUGUCCUUCCGUUUUGGAGGAUAUUGCCAUGUGAAUGUGGGCUCCUACUCAACAUACUGGGGUUGGAUCCUGGCCUUCGGCGGCAUCGCCCUCCUCCUCCAGCUUGGCACUUUCAUCUACUGUAUGAAAGUCUACGUCUCCUACGCGCUCGCCAUGCGGAACGACCCCAGCCAACGAAGUGCCUCCGUAACGGGCUCCUCCCGAUCCCGGACUGCAAGAGCUACAGCCCGACGAGUCCGACAGGUUCUACUCCUUCAAUGGCGUUCCCUCGCCCUGGUCAGUCUGGCAAUCUUCACAACGGCUUUCGUAUGUAUCGUCUUCAUCGUCUUCGACAACCGCCUCACAGUCCAAGCAUUCGCGAACACGGAAGAACUCAUCCCAUGGCUUCUCUGCAUCAUCGCGACUCAAGAUGCCUCACAAUGCACACACCUCACCGCCCCCGUCAUCAUCUCCGAAUCCCUAGCACUGGCCACAAUCUACCUCCUCUCCCUCAUCGGCCCUACAGCCUUCUUCCUCCUCUUCCGCCUCGACAUUCUCAAAGGAUGGUGGGCCUUUAUCCGGACCCCAUUCUGGAAGAAGAGACGAGGCAGUGAAGACAGCGGCGGCAGUAAAGAUCGAUGGGUCGGUGGCUCGAAGAGCGGGACGCAGAUGAGUACCAGUCAGAGGCGGAAGAGUGAACAGGAUCAUGAUGUCGAGGUGGGACCGACGGAGGUGGAGAGUCCGAGAGAUGCGGGUGGGUUGAUGAGGCAGCCUCCGCGAGAGCAGGAGAGGCCGGUGAGUUCGAUUUUGGAGGGAAGGAAAGGACCGAAGGGGGAGAGGCCGGUUUCUGGGGGGAGUGUGACGUUUGAUGAUGAGAAGGGGGUUGGACGGGCUGUGUGA